GUUAUAGUUCGGGAAAGGAGGGAAUAGGGUCAUCUGAGCCACAGAGGCAGGGAGGUAGAGUGGUCUUGAUGCAGCCCUGAUAAGGCUGGGAUAGGGCCUCCCGACAACAUUCUACAUGUAUGUGGCCUGCAUUGCCGACCAGAUACAUUCGGUCUUAUCCAACAUUCAGAAUGUAUCGGGAUCAGAAACAGUCCAGAUACAUUUAGGGCGUACUCACACGACCACUCUUCUGAAUGUAUGUGACUGUAAUUACAGCCGGACCUGGAUGUAUCUGGCCAGAUUUCCGUCAAUAUAUAGGUAAAAAGGUCCUAGCGUGAGUAUGCUCUCAGGGGUGGACCCCACUGGCCGGCGUCGUGGGAAAAAACUGGCACCGGAAAGUUUUUGACACCCCACCGGUGUGGAAAACAAGUAUGGAAAGUCAUUGUGGAUAGCAUUUUCGGACCCGACUGGUUAUGGAAAAAGGUUGCCAAAAUGCUGACGGGGUGUUUCUACACGUUGGCGGUCUGGGAAAUUGCGGCCAAGUUCCGGCAUUCCUUUUCCAAAGAGGGCGGCCAGCCGACUAGGGGGGGGGGCAUGUUCUCCAAUGGCAUUAGAGGAGAUGAGAGUGCGGUCCAAUCGAUGGUUCAGGGGCCGUCUUGUGAUGGACAGUCCUUACCGAACUUACCUAUUCGGGAGGGACGCCUUCGGGUUUUCCUUUCGGGGGAGGUGGUGCCGUUUCCAGUGUCCGUUUUCGUGGGGGCUGUGGGGUCCCGAGGAGAUCUGGCAAAUGCUUUCCAGUCUCAGUCGGCUGUUUUUUGUGGCCAUAUUGCUUUUCCAGCCGCAGGCCAGUGGGGUCCACCCCUUAGGGUGGUCUGUAAUGGUGAGAGGUCCAUAGUCUAUCUGUGGGUAGACUCACAAUAGGACCUUUUGUUACCUAUUUAUGGACGUAAUUGGGGUCCCAUACAUCCUUGUCCGGCCCUUGUCGUCAGGUACAUAUAAGUGAGUUCGCCCUCUGUGUGAAUUGGGUGGAGGCCAUACUCGCUGCUACGUGGACCAGUUCCUGGACUGAUGGCGUGCUCACACUAGGACUUCCUUGACUCUCUGUGGACGUAUUUGCGAUCAGGUACGUGAUGGACCGGAGCCCCAGUCACGUAAAUCAGAAAAUGUCCUCUUUCUCAGCCGGUGAUGCCUCAAUCUCUGGCGGGGCUACGAUACAAUUGUAAAAGGACGCCAGGCCCAUUUCCUGGCUUGUAUAAUAAAAUGUUUUUUUUUUUCCCCUCUGUUUUCUCAUCCAGGAAAGUCCUAUUUUGAAUUUGCAUUGACAGGAGACACUGGACCCAGUUUUCAGCAGUGAGCCUAAGCUGGGUAGUGGCCCCAGAUACUUCCCGGUUGCUUUGUGGAGGAAUUCCCGGCCUCCUUGUUUUUGAGUUGAAUCAAUGCAAACCCUAAAC